AUGUAUAAUAAUUUAAAAAAACAACAUCCAGGCCUAGCUCUCAAGGAAAGGAUAUGGGUUGCAGCACGAGCUUCCUAUAGGGACAUAUUUGCUGGAUUGAUGGAGUCACUAAAAGAGUUUGAUGAAGGUGCUUACAGUUGGUUGGUAAACCAUACUUAUCCAAAGGAGUGGAUAAGAUCACAUUUUAGAACAAGUGUAAAAUGUGAUAUUUUGUUGAAUAAUCUGUGUGAAAGUUUUAACUCCACAAUCCUUGAUGCUAGGCAGAAACCAAUUCUUGACAUGUUGGAGACCAUUAAAUUUUACUUAAUGGUUAGGAUGGAAAAAAAGAGGGAAUGGAUAAAGAAAUACACUGGGGAGAUAUGUCCUAAAAUUCUGAAAAAGUUGGAGAAAAAUAAGCUUGCUGCAAAUGACUGCAUUCCUAGCCAUUCCAAGGACGGGAAAUUUGAAGUUAGGUGCAUGUAUGGUGAUAGGUAUACUGUGCACCUUAUUAGUAGAUGUUGUAGUUGUAGAAAGUGGGGCCUUAAUGGCAUUCCUUGUGCACAUGCCAUUGCUGCAAUUUGUGACAUUGGAGAGGAACCCGAGAAGUUUGUACAUGAUUGCUACUCCAAAGAAGCUUAUAUGAGAGCAUAUGAACCCAUGAUAAGCCCAAUGAAUGCUGAGCAAAUGUGGAAAAAUUCUGACAUGCCGCCCGAGCUAUCUCCUGAGAACAUAAAACUUCCUGGUAGACCAUGA